CCAAGCGAUAAAUGUGGAGUAACCCAAGCUCUCGCCCUGGUGUGCUCGGGCAGCAGGGAGUUACCUGGGGCUGCUGGGCUCGUGGCUUUUCGGGUUCCAGCGGAACUCGCCCCAGCCUUCGGGGAGCGCUGCUGCCUUGAGAAAAGCGGGGGAAGCGCACGGGAAACCUGGCUGGUUACAGGCUCCUGCCCCUGACCCGCGGUUCCCCUGGCCCGCCCCCCUGCGCCGGGAGCCACUGGCGGCGGCCGCGGCGGAAUUACCCGGAGGGGCCAGUGAAGUCUGCGGAGCGCCUGGGCAGGGCAGCGAGGCCGGGUCCGAGGGGAGAGGCAGCCCGGCGCGGCUGCGCUCCCCUCUGCUCCCUUCCCCGCCCGCCAGCGGCAGCCAGAGCUGCCUUUCCCCGCCUGCUGGUGGGUCCCAAGGCAGGAGGGGGAGAUGGGAUCCGCUCUGUGAGCCGCCCGGCUGGAGUCCCCGUUUCUAGCGGGCUUCGGGGAGCCGCCGCCGGGCUCGAGAGGAUCCCAGCGCCGCUGGCUGGCUGGCUCUUCCCCGGAGGAAUCUGCCCGGCUCUGCUUAGGUAAUUCUCUAAUGGAUCAAUGAAAACAAAACGAUGACAAGUUGUGGUCAACAGUCCUUGAAUGUGCUGAUGGUUGUGUUCUUAUUGCUCUUGUCAGCAGCAUUGUCUGCACAUUUUCGUGUCUGUGAGCCAUAUACAGACUACAAAGGCCGCUACCACUUUGGUUUUCACUGCCCACGUCUUUCUGACAAUAAAUCUUACAUCUUCUGCUGUCACCAUAACAACACAGUAUUUAAAUACUGCUGCAAUGAGACAGAAUUUCAGACUGUUAUGCAGAUGAACCUAACGGGGAAUGCAGAUGGAUAUAUGCAUAACAAUUACAGUGCGUUGUUAGGAGUGUGGAUCUAUGGCUUUUUUGUUGUGAUCUUGCUGGUACUGGACCUUUUAUAUUACUCAUCAAUGAACUACGAUAUUUGCAAGUUUUACCUGGCAAGGUGGGGAAUCCAGGGAAAGUGGAUGACACAGGCACAGAGCCGAUGGAUUAACCCUGCUCAGAAUCCAAGCCAAGUACAGACUCAGCCUCAGCCUCAGCCUCAAAUGUCACAGGCAGUACAUACUUUGAAAGGAGAUGCUUUAAACCCACCAUUGAUGUCUUUUCAGAGUUCAUCAGCCUGCAUUAAACGGGGAUCAUACGUUAGGAUCAGUAUGGAAACCAUCUGAGGGGAGUUCGUGGCCUUUGUGGUCUGAAUCCAGGGCCUGGUGGAGGUACAUCCACAACACAAGCCAACACCAUCACACGUGGCAUCAGCCUCAGAAAAGAGGUCAACGACUGACUGACAGACUAAACUACUCUUUCACACCUCAAGGUGGUUCCUUCAGAUCAGCACUGAUGUACAUUGGCAAGACCUUGCCUAUGCUACUACUUAUUGCUUUUAGUGGGAGUCAGGGAUUUACCACACAAGCAAUCUCUUUGAAAAAUACACAGAUCAGACUUCAACCAGCAGCAGGCAAAAAGAAAGGCUAUAGAAAGCAAUGUUUUGAUUAUUAUCCAGUUCUUGCUGUCCACAAGAUUCGUGGAUUUUUAGAAAAUUAUAAUGAUGUGCCUCAAGAUGGGAGAGGUAAGUUUAGAAUGCAGCGAGCAGCUUUCAAGAGCGAACUAUCCAAGUGAAUGACAGACAAACAAACAAACAAAGAUGACACCGCCAGAUGGAGUUUGGUCAAGACAUCUGACAAUCACCUCCUAUCAACUUACAAAAACAAUGUUGAAAGAGUUCAGAAAACCGUCUGUAAGCAAUAUUUUAAUUCUAGGUCAAGAUUAUUAUUUUGAAAGGAGACAUCGUAUUUGAUGGAAAGCUCAAUAUAGCGAAAUGCAAGUUGCUCUUGCAAGAUCCAAGCCAAGGUAGACAAGGACAACAAGACAAACCUUUGGCAGAUCAACUUUCUUUGCCUCCCCAUCCAUCAAUUGCCAUUUGAGCCUAAUCUGUGUCAGAAUACUGAAUGUGAGUUAUUCCAAAGUUCUCUGGUGAACAUUAUGUCACAAUAGGGUAGAUGCUGACAUUCUCAAUCACUGUUCCCACAACAUCACACUUCACAAUACAAAGGGACCCCUCAUCCAAUUAGAGUGCAGGGUAGUAGUCAUUUCAGUCCCUGAUUCUGGUCAUUUUAUUCACAGCAAUGAGACUGGCAUGAUAUCAUCAAAUUCCUGAGCACAACAAGUGGCCUCAACUGUACUUGCCCUCCAGAGGAGGGUACAAACAUUUAAAAACAAUUUUAAAAAAAAGGACAACCUCUCCCCUUCCUGAACCUGAUUGGAAACGAAAAAAAAAAAAUCCCUCCGAUUACAAUAGCAAUAACACCACUACCCCUCUGUUUUACAAGGCAAUAAUCCAAUUCCCUCAGGCUGAUAGUUAUUCAGCAAUUGAUUGGUAUCAUUUAUCCCCCUCAGGAAUGGGAGGAUUGCUUUGCAAGCCAGAACAGCAAUGGGAUACCGAGUUGCCGCGUGUUGCAGUAGCCUGACUAUAUUUUAUGGUAGGGAUUUAACUUGAAGACAUACAGUACAUUUUAUAUCAGGGGUGGCCACAUUUACUAACCCUCCGAGCCACAUACAAUAACCUUCAGAAGUUCGAGAGCCGGGCGCACCUGCUGCGGCUUGGGGCUUCAGCAGGAGCAAGGCUGAAGCCUCGAGCCCCAGCAGAUGCUUCCCAUGGGGCUGGAGCCCCGAGGAUCCCCCCUCUCCACAGGGCAGAAGCCCCUAGCCUUACCACCUUGCCUCAGGGCAGAAGCCCUGAGCUCCACUCCCCUCCCCUCCCCCCGGUCUGGUAGGUGGAGAACAGGGGAAAGAGGGCUCCAUGAACUGCAUUUUAACUGUAAAAGAGCCACAUGUGGCUCGCGAACCACAGUUUGGUCACCCCUGUUUUAUAUCAACUGUUCCUGUGAAAUGAAGUCAUGCAGCAAGACUUCAUUUUAUACAGAGCGCCUGGUGACUACAACCAAACAGAGGAAUUCCUCUGGAAUCAUAGUACUCAACGCAGCCACAUUAGUGCCAAACUAAUUCAGCAUAGCUAAUAUUAUUUUGACCAACACCAAAUGAUCUGACUAUGACUUAGUCACACACAUUUGAGAGCAUCAUCAAUAGCAGGAACACUUUCCAUGUCUACUGAGUAACAUGAAGUCUUCUGUUAAAACUUCUUUGCAUUGAGUGCAUUUUUCUUUUUUCUACUGAACAGCUAAGGGAUACAUUAUUACUGGACACUUUGGGCCAAAUUACGGCUGCCUUGCAGAAGUGCAUUAGAUAGGGAAAAGCACAGAGAGGCAUCAGUGCUGGAGAGCAUAAGCCAGCCAAUCUUGCCUGCAGCAGUCCAGUUCUCAGAGGAGGCCUGCCUGAGUAGGACAGGGACAUCUCUAUGUCCCACCUCAUUGCACGCCAACUAGUCAAUACAAAACAUCACUGGGAGAAGGGCAUACUAUACCUAAUGAAAAGGUGUAGCAAGUGCCACAGGUAAGCAUGCUUCCCCUUCAGCACCCUUGCAGGCAUUGGACUUGCUCAUGCUCCACGCAGAAUGCCUGCAGCAUCCCGUCUGUAAACGGUAUUCAGAUGCCCCCCUUUUCCCUGCACGUGAUUCAGUUUGUAGAGCCAUACUAGAGCCUUUAAAGUUGUACUGUGGUAUUGCACAUGGUGGGAAAUGUAGCACUCCAAGUAAAGGGAGUCAAUAUUUUUUAAAUUCUCAAUUCACUUUAAACCAGGGAGCUUUUAGUUUUCUAAAAAUAGCGUUUCAUUAUACCGUAGCAGCAGCAUUCAAAGCACUUUAGUUGAAGUUGGGACAAUAAGAGCUCCAUCAAAGAGGUAUUAGAGAGCGUUUUCAGAUACUGGUACAAAUACAGCAUUGGUUUUUGCAAAAAUAGUACUUAGCCUGAGCAAAGGGGCUGAGCUUGCAUGGAAGAGAGAACACACAGAGUGGAGCUGUGAGAUGGAAGCCUCUUUCCCAACUUGCUAGUAAGUAAGGGCCAGAAAAAUCAUAUAGCCAAAAGUAACCCUGAUUCUGGCCAUGCCUCCGUGGGCAAUGUACCUCCUUUUUUUCCCCUAGCUGCCUUCCCUUGCAAAGACACCCUCCCCCCCCGAGGUUAUAUCUACAAUACACAGAGUCUCCUUGCACAAGUUUUUUGCUACUUAUUCCUCCCCCCCCCCCCCCCCCAUCACAGCAUCGCAGGUCCAUGGACCUGACACACAUACGUAAGGUACCACAGGAUCAAGUCUACAGAAGUUUGGGAACCAUUUGUUACAAACAGGAAUAGUAAUAGAGGCACUUAGCACUUCCAAGGAUCAGGCCUGCUGCUCCCCUGAGAAUGCAGGGUUCUUAGACCAGCACACUCUGUUAUUCAUCGUUCACUGUGUGAUGCCUACCUCAGCACAACAGGCUGAAUUAAGGUUGGAAUGUCAGACUUUAAAGUCAACUUAGAAAUCAAACUUCUCCGUAAUAUUUUAACUACUAUAUUACUACAAGAAGCAUUUGUGCUUACUAUCAAUGAAAGACGAGAGAAAAAUUAUUUCACUAUUUUUUCCAGUUUGUUUACUUUAGAGUUGACUGCACUUUGGGCUUCUCUAAACUUGAAAUACUACUGCGGCGCUGCAGCUGUGCCGCUGUAGUGCUUCAGAGUAGACACUACUGGCACCGACGGGAGGGGAUCUCCUGUCCGCAAUAGUUAAUCCGCCUUCCUGAGAGGCAGUAGCUAGGUUGAUGGAAGAAUUCUUCCAUGGACCUAGCACUGUCUACAUUGUGGGUUAGGUCGGCUUAACUACAUUGCUCAAGGAUGCAGAUUUUUCAGACCCCUGAGCGACUUAGCUAGGUCAACCUAACUUUUUAGGGUAGGCCAGGCCUUUGUACGUAGUCAGUUUCUCGGUUUCUCCUGUGGAGUCAAUUUCCCCUUUCAUUUGUGUGGAUCUAUCAUGCAGCAAUGAGAGUGAGACAGUUAGAGAACAGAAGAAUGUGAUCAUAAAAAUCACAAAAGCUGGCAAAGGGACUCAGGAGUGAGUGAGCCUUAGAACUCACUUUUCUUAAAUUAAUAGUUUUCACAUUGUUGGUGUCCCUUUACAAGUCUUGAGUUUUGUCCAUUCAGGUCUCAACUUCAAUAAUACUGAAACAAUGCGUUAGAUACCAAUAGCUGUUUCCAAACUUCAGCUGAUUUAUUUUAACCUUGCAUAACAUAAAAUGGAUUCUCUGGGCUAGAUUCUGAUCUUGAGCACUAUUUUACACCAGUGUAACUCCAUUCACUUCAGUGGAGUAACUCCGGACUUACAACACAGAAAAUCAGGCCCACAGAGGAUAUUCUCCAUUAAAAUAAAUGAAUAUUUUCUGCAACUCGGCAACUUUACAAUCAACAGAAUUGUUUCCUGUACAUAGUCAUUCAAACAAUCUCCUUCUAAACAAGAAAAGCAAACUCUUCCUAAGUGUUUUUUUUUUUUAAAAAACUACCUACUUUUAUUGUGAGGUUAUUGCCACCAUAGAGAUCUUUGUAAAAAGCUUAUGUUCAUGAAGGAAUUUGUAUUAGAUACUGGUUUGUGUGACUUACUGUAUUUUGUAAGGGUUUUUUCCCUUUGGGAAUUGUGUUAUUAAUGAGCAGUUUUAUGCUUUAUUUCUGGUAUGUGUACACAUUGUAAUUGAUGUGCUUUUUUUUUUUAAGUCUCUGUACAGAACAGAUUGAUAUUAGGUAGAUACUCACUGGCUGAAGUUUUCAUAUUGCCUACAAAUUUACACAUGUGGAUAAAUCCAUAUCAUAACAGAGGAACAAUAGUUCAUCUAUCGUCAGUAAAAAAAA